AUGCACAACGACCACCAGCUCGAGCAAGCACGCGCUCCGAGGACGCAAAACACCGCGCUACAUCUCGCCGCCGCGCAGGGGUCGCUGCAGAUCUUGAAGCUGCUCAUCCCCGUGUACACGCAGCACGCGUUUGGGGCGAGGAAGAACCUGAACUCGCAGAACGCCAAUAGAGAUACGCCCCUCCUGUUCGCCUGCGCGCGUGGUCACGCGGGUGCUGCCGCGAUGCUCAUCAAGGCCGGCGCAUCCGUCGACUUUUUUAACGACGACAAAAUGACUCCGCUCAUCGCCGCCGCGUCCAGCGGGCACCACACUUGCGUCGAGCUCCUUCUGAGACACGGAGCUGAGAAGACGACUGACGCUGAGGAUGCGUUUGGAAGGAGGGCGCUACACUUCGCAGCUGCCACUGGUAACGUGGAGAGCGUCAAGCUUCUGCUCGAUACUGGCGCGGACGUAUUCGCGAGGGACCGUAACGGCAAUUUGCCGCGGGACGCCGCGAUGGAGGUUCAGGGGGGUAACAACGCCUGCCUCGGGCUCCUCGACGACGCGAUGCGGGAACGAGAGGAUGCAAGCUCGGCGGCGACAAGGGAUCUGCUCGUGAGCAGUGGAAAUGAGGCGGGGAGCGAAGCUGAAUUUACCGCAUCGAUCAAGGGAUCAUCCAGC